AUGUGUUACAGGAUGAAAGCAUGCUUGACCAUCAGGGACGGACAUUUAUUCAGGAACUGGCCUGUGGAAUAUCGCUGUGAUGAGUUCAAGAACAGCAGUAUCAGCAAUGUCGGUGGCGGCGGCGGCGGUGGUGGUGGCAGCAGCUCGGCCGUCAACAGCCCUUCGAGAUCACAUCUGGCCGGCAAUCAAGGAGAGCCGAGUCUGACCCAGACAAGCAUCCUCCACAGCGUGAAGGAAUCCUCUAGCAAACUGGCCAGGUACCUUAUCGCUCACUCGCUCGGCCGCUGGUUGCUCUACCCGGGCUCCGUUUGCCUCUUGAACAAAAUCCCUCUCUCUUUGCUUGUGAAGGGCCGGACUCGCCUCAUGGAGGACUUUUGCGGGAAACGAGCCAAACUCAUCGCCCGGGAUGGAAACGAGAUUGACACCAUGUUUGUAGACAGGAGGAACAGGAAAGAUCCGUGGCAGCGAGGGGCGUGGUUGGUGAUUUGCUGCGAAGGGAAUGGCAGCUUUUACGAAAUGGGCUGCCUGUUUACCCCGUUGAGGGCCGGGUAUUCCGUCCUGGGGUGGAAUCAUCCCGGUUUCGCUAGGAGCACCGGGAAACCCUACCCAAAGAACGAUGUCAACGCCAUGGAAGUGGUGCUCCAGUACGCUAUCCAUCGCCUUAAUUUUAGCCUGCCAGAGAUUGCCAUCUACGGCUAUUCCUUAGGGAGCUACACGGCCACGUGGGCUGCCAUGAGCUAUCCGGAACUGGGCGCCUUGAUCCUGGACGCUUCCUUCGAUGGCCUGAUCCCAUUGGCGAUGAAGGUGAUCGACAAAAGGUGGAAGAAGCUAGUGAUGAAGACGGUGACGGAGCACUUCAACCUCAAUGUGGCCGAGCAGCUGUGCAACUACCCGGGGCCCGUGCUGCUGAUCCGGAGGACCCUCGACGAAAUCACCAGCACCCAGUUUACCCCGGAGAAGCGCAUCCCCAUCAUCAAGACCAACCGAGCCAACCAGCUGCUACUGCAGCUCCUGAAGAGCCGUUAUCCUGAGAUCCUCUCCGGGGCAGAAGAAGUGUUGCACCACUGGCUGUCGAUUGACAGCCUGCCGUUGGAAUUGCUGAUCUACCACUACUUGUACAAGGUGGAUGAAGACUGGUGUUUCCACACGCUUCUCAGCUACAGAGCGAGUCUUGGAUCGAAGGCCGAUUUCCCAUGGGGACUUGGGAAGGACCUCCCCUGUAAACAGAAACAACAGCUGGCCCUUUUCCUGGCCAAAAAGCACAUGAAGAACGUGGUGACCACGCAUGGGAGAACUUUACCACCCGAGGAGUUUCAGUUGCCCUGGAAGCUCUAGCUUGGAA